AUGAGUGACCACUGGUCCCCCGCUGCAGUGGAGCAGCUCUGCUAUGAGAACGUGACUGGAUCCUGUGUGAAAACUCCCUACUCGCCCGGGCCCCGGAUCCUUCUGUACGGCGUCUUCGUCUUGGGCGCUGUGCUGGCUGUGUUGGGAAACCUUCUGGUGAUGAUUUCCAUCCUUCACUUCAAGCAGCUGCACUCUCCAACCAACUUUCUCAUUGCCUCUCUCGCUUGCGCUGACUUUCUGGUGGGGGUCACUGUGAUGCCCUUCAGCAUGGUCAGGUCCGUGGAGAGCUGCUGGUACUUUGGGCGAAGCUUCUGCACUUUCCACACGUGCUGUGAUGUGGCUUUUUGUUACUCUUCUCUCUUCCACUUGUGCUGCAUCUCCAUCGACAGGUACAUUGCUGUCACUGACCCUCUGGUCUAUCCCACCAAGUUCACGGUGUCUGUGUCAGGGAUGUGCGUCAGCAUCUCCUGGAUCCUGCCCCUUGUCUACAGCGGUGCUGUGUUCUACACAGGUGCCUAUGACGAUGGGCUGGAGGAAUUAUCCAGUGCCGUCAACUGUGUAGGAGGCUGUCAGACAGUUGUAAAUCAAAACUGGGUGUUGAUAGAUUUUCUCUCCUUCUUUAUACCUACGCUUGUUAUGAUAAUUCUCUAUAGUAAUAUUUUUCUGGUGGCUAGACAGCAGGCUAAAAAGAUCGAAAGUACUGGUGGCAAAACGGAAUCAUCGUCAGAUAGUUAUAAAUCCAGAGUGGCCAAGAGAGAGAGAAAAGCAGCUAAAACGCUGGGUGUCACGGUGGUGGCAUUCACGAUUUCAUGGUUACCGUAUAGUAUUGACUCAUUAAUCGAUGCCUUCAUGGGCUUCAUAACCCCUGCCUAUAUUUAUGAGAUUUGCUGUUGGGGGGCCUAUUAUAACUCAGCUGUGAACCCUCUGAUUUAUGCUUUAUUUUAUCCUUGGUUUAGGAAAGCCAUCAAAGUGAUUGUGAGUGGUCAGGUUUUCCAGGACAGUUCUGCAAGCAUGAAUCUGUUCUCUGACCAAAGAUGA